AUGCGUUCCAAGUUCAAGGACGAGCACCCGUUUGAGAAGCGCAAGGCCGAGGCCGAGCGCAUUCGCCAGAAGUACAACGACCGCAUUCCCGUCAUCUGCGAGAAGGUCGAGAAGUCUGACAUUGCAACCAUCGAUAAGAAGAAGUACCUGGUACCCGCCGACUUGACCGUAGGCCAGUUCGUCUACGUGAUCCGCAAGCGCAUCAAGCUUUCGCCCGAAAAGGCCAUCUUCAUCUUCGUCGAUGAGGUCCUGCCACCCACUGCCGCUCUGAUGAGCUCGAUAUAUGAGGAGCACAAGGAUGAGGACGGUUUCCUGUACAUUACGUACUCGGGCGAGAACACGUUUGGCGAGGCUCUGUAA